ACGGAUUCAGAAACCAGUUGCGAGCAAAGUGGCAAGAAUCGUAGUUGUGCGGUUUGCUAGUGUAUCAUAUCAGGUGAACCCAUUAAUUGGAAAACAUGUCGGAUGAAAUUGUGGAAAAUGGACACGACGAAAACGGGGAUGUUCCGGAAAUUGAGCUGAUAAUCAGGGCUUCUACAAUCGAUGGCCGAAGAAAGGGGGCUUGCCUCUUCUGUCACGAGUACUUCAUGGAGUUGUACCUACUGGCCGAGCUUAAAACCAUCAGCUUAAAAGUGACAACGGUAGAUAUGCAGAAGCCGCCUCCUGAUUUCCGCACCAAUUUCGAAGCCACACCCCCGCCCAUCUUGAUCGACAGAGGCUUGGCCAUCCUAGAAAACGAGAAAAUCGAAAGACACAUAAUGAAAAAUGUACCUGGGGGGCAUAACCUCUUCGUCCAGGAUAAGGAAGUGGCCACCCUCAUCGAGAACCUCUACACCAAAUUCAAGAUCUACAUAACGAAAUACGAGUCGACCGAUACGACAGAAGCCAGUCAACCCCUCUUAUCCCAACUGAUGAAAAUCAACGACUUCCUGGCGAAAAGGGCCACGAGGUUCCUAACAGGAGACACCAUGUCUUGCUUCGACUGCGAACUCAUGCCCAGGUUGCAGCACAUCCGUAUCGGCGCCAAGGCGUUCCGCAACUUCGAAAUACCCACCAAAUUCUCAGCCCUUUGGCGGUACAUGUCGAACAUGUACGAGCUGGAGGCUUUCAGACAGAGCUGUCCCGCCGACCAGGAUAUAAUUAGUCACAUCAAAAACCAACUGGGCCUCAGGACCAAGGCUAGAAUAGAGCUAGAGACCCCAAUUUAUAGUACUUCGAUACCGAUACUUAACGACGCGUAAAAUGUCUAGGUUCGAUGAGGUCGUUCAGUUUUCCAACAUUUCAACGAUGCCUCCCAAAAUGUCGUCUUUAGAACUUUAUUUUUUCAUUUGCUUAUUGUUAUUUACACAGAGAAAAACACGUUGCGCGGUGUUUGAAAGUUACGGUUACCCAUACUGAUUGAAAAUCCUCUUUGGAGUUGUUGCCGACCGAAUUUUUAGCUUUUCUAAAUCGUAAUCGUAGAUUUAGGCAUUGAAUUGAUGUAAAAAUUUUAUACCAGGUCUCUUUUGUUGCCUGAAUGAGGAGCGAAUGUUUGAUACUUGUAGUUUUAAGCUUCUGAAGCUUUUAUAUAUCUAAUCUGUCAUCGCAAACCAUGAACAUGUGGUCAUAUAAGUUUUAUCUACUUAUUCUUCAUCCAAUGUUGUCAUUGAUUAUUAUUGUUGAUGUUUUCUUUUUUAAAUUCGUGAAGCCAAAUUGAUGGAUAUUCGUUAAGUUUUAAACUUUCAAUAAAUUUGAUUAUAGAAUUAUUAAUAUAUUUGAUUCAAUAUAUAUUCCACAAGAACGAAUGCCCUUUUUACUAGUUCACAUCUGUAUAUAAUUUAACUUAUAUUUUCACUAUUUGAUUCAGUGUUUCUUUUUUUUUUCGAAUUAGUAAAAAAAAGGUUAAGUUCUAAACUUAUUUUUUCAAAUAACUUUCAUAGAUUCAAAAUAGAUUUCGGAUUUUUGUUGUUGUUGUCAAAUCGGCAGAACAGAUUUUUUUACCUUACUGGAUUUGAAUAACAAUGGUUAGAUAAUUUGAGUCAUAUGUUAUAUAUUUUUGCAUAUGAAUAAAGGUAUGAAAAAACAAA